AUGGAAUCCGAUAUUCCAAACACUCACUUAACGGAGUAUCGAAUGGCCUCCACGGAUUUGUUGUGCCCAUCUCAAUGCUGUACAUCCGGAUUUGAGGAAGUUCCCGUAUUCCUUGUCCAGACCACGGACGUGGUCCGUGAUCCGGCUUUGAUGAUCCGCGCUCCCACACAUGUGUUACAUGAACAACACGACGGAGCGGAAAAUCUUCACCUCAUUCAUUGUACCAUUCCGAAUGAGGAGAAUCGAACAUCCUCCCCGCGGAUCGCCAUGUCCACAAACAAUCAUUGGAUUCCAGUCCGAAGUUCGACCGGCGUAAAUCCACCGACCGGUAACUCAUUCACGAAUCGUCGGCAACCGACACGGAAUAUUGUGCGUGCAGUUCGAUCUCGAGCACGGACGCAAAAAUGUAUCUGUCACAGCUGGGAAAAUUGGCGCAAUCUGUUUGCGGUCGUAUUGGCUUUGUGUUCCGUGAUCUUUAUUGUGUCCGAUCUCUAUCAUUUGACCCAGUUGGAAAUAGCUGCGUUCGGGCUACAACCACCCAUCUCGUUGACCCAGGCGAAUGGUACGCAUUUGGGUUCAACCAUAAGUAGAAUGUAUAACCCGAAUCAUUACUACCAUAUCGACAACGGAUUGUUCGGCACGUCGUGGGAUCCAAGUUAUUUGACUGGUACAAGCGGUGCCGGUUUGUUACAACACCAAAACCACCACCAACAACAACAACAGCAACGACUGUUCCAUCGGGAACUUUUGAUGGAUAGCAUACCGGAGGAUGUGUUAUUGUGUUUACGACGCUGGAAAUCGGAAUGGGCAUCCAUGGCUCAUCUGGACCCGGAUCGAUCGGAAUUGAACGCAGCACUCCAACAAAAAACCGCUAAUGUGUUGUAG